AUGGUUACUACGAGGCUGUCUGCAGCCAAGAAGACGAAUGCCAUAGUGGAGCAUGGACCAAAGAGAUGCGGGGCAAGAAAGUCCAGCGAAUCGGCUGUCAGGAGGAACGCCGACGAACUGGAAGAGUCCAAGGAAGCUACAGAGCUCGGCGACCACGCUCUCGCAGCAGUGAGCCAGCGGAGUGAUCGUUUACGAUCGACAUCGAGUAGUAUAGAGACGGAGACGCUUAGGGCCGUGAAGGUGACAAGGGAUUCGCCAAGCGACGAGGAGGCGAAGGGUGGUGACGACGUGAUGAGCGUGGCAGCCAUUGCCAGUGCUCUUCAGCAGUUGACUACCGUGGUUAGUGGCCUCCAGCGUGGCAGUGCGGCCGUGCGCAAGACGUACGAGGUGGACGCAGACGACGAAGGGGAGUCGCGAUCUGUGGCGAGUGUGGCCUCGGUGGCGAAGACACUGAAGCAGCUCGUCUCGGCGGUCGCAGACCUGACGGCGUCAAGCAGCAGAGGGGGUGACAGAGAGCGCGAGAAGAGAGACGAGCUGGCAGGAACGCGGGCGAGUUUGCAGCGAUUGGGGCAGUUGGUAGAGACGCUCCAGCCGGUCAACGAUGAACCAGGACGUGAAGAGAGGCGGGGGCGUGUGAACACUGGCCGACAAUGGGCACGGCCAGGCAGCGCUCACAGCACAGCAUCGCGAGGUGGAGAGGUUCGACGUGAGGGGCAUCAUCGAAGUAGCCGGAGUCGUCAUGGUGGACGGCGUGGUGAUCAGCGAGACGACCAGCGUGGACAACGAGAUGGUGAACGUCGGUCAACGCAGCGGAGUGUGAGGCAGGCGAGUUCGCCGUCAUCGGGGGAAACAGUUCAAGCGACUCUUCCAGCGGUGAUGAACGCGGUAGAGCUGGCGGCCAUUUCGACGCGGGCAGUAGUGACGGGGCCAGCAGUGAGUCGGAUAGUUCGGACGGUGAUUUCAACGGGUGGAGUCGUGGACACGGACGCCGAAGGCGAGAUGACCAACGCGGGCGGCAAGGACACGAUGAGCAACGAGAACGUCGGUGAGAGAGGCGACCACACAGUAAGAACGUGA